AUGAUGGACGAGGGGGACCCCGCGGCCUGGCCCACCACGCGCCCCGCCGCCCAGGACCCCACUGAGGCCCCGGACGAGGACGACUUCCUGAACCUGCCGCCAGAGGGCCAGCACUGCCUACAGGAGUUUUGGAACAGCCUCCCCCUCGAUGGUGUGCACUGUAACGCCAGCUGGGACACCUUUUACUGCUGGCCGGCCACGCCCGCGGGGGACACGGUGCGGCGGCAGUGCGGAACCAUCUUCAAGGACUUGCCGGCCCUGGACCUAUACCCGCACGCAAUGUGGGGGAGUGCGGGGUCCCAGGGCGUGGUGGAGGCGGUGCGGUUCAUCACUUUCAUCGGCGCGUUACUCUCCCUGCUCACCCUCACCAUCACCGUCUUCAUCUUCACCUACUUCAGGACGCUGGAGUGUGAUCGCCUUCGGGUGCACCGGAACCUGGUGGCGGCGCUGAUCAUCAUGUUCCUGGUGAUGCUGGUGCUGACGGAGCCCUUCGUGUCGCGACGCUCCUCGUACACCUACAGGGACGUGGACUGGUUGUGCAAGAUGCUGCUAGCGAUCCGGAUGUACGCUCAGAUGGCAUCAAUCAGCUGGAUGUUCGUGGAGGGCCUCUUCCUGCACUCCCGCCUCACCUCCAACGUUUUUGACUCCGGCGCGCCCUUCCCAAUCUACUACACCAUUGGCUGGGGGUGCCCGCUCGUGUUCCUGGGGGCGUGGGCAGCCGUCAUGACCCUACACUACCCCGUUCACUGCUGGACAGGAUACGGCGGGCUCCCCUUCGUUUGGAUACUGGUGGCGCCCAUGGUGACGGCCCUGCUGAUCAACCUCAUGUUUCUGGUCAACAUCAUCAGAAUCCUGGUCACCAAACUAAGAGCGAGCGAUGCCGUGGAGACGACCCAAGUCAGGAAGGCGAUCAAAGCCACCGUUGUGCUGUUCCCCCUCCUGGGCAUCACCAACCUCCUCUUUGCCGUCAACCCCGGGGACAGAGGCAGGCUGGAGGGCGCCUACAUGCUCACCAACGCCAUCCUGCAGUCGUCACAGGGCGUGUUCGUGUCGGUGCUGUAUUGCUUCAUGAACACGGAGGUCCAGGAGCUGCUGAGGAAGCGGUGGCGGCAGUACAGGAUGCGGCGCCUCGGCUUCCCCGCCACGCACCACCACCGCCGCAAGAGCACCAAAAGUACCAUCGUCCUGGAGAACUCGUGCUCGCUCCGCCUCAGCCCACAGCGCACGCCCUCACACCCGCGCCUCCACAUCCACGGCUUUGAGACCUCGGCGGUGUGAGGGUUAUCUUGAGGUCAUAUGCGAUUUCUUUCGAUAGGUUUAUUUUCAAGCUCGUUUUCAUUCUUUUUUGUGCUCCUCAGGUCUUCCUUCUUCGUUGUAUUUGGUUCAGUCAGUUCUUUCCUCUUUACUGUACUCUUAUUCUGCUUCUUCCCGCAUCGUGAAUCAUUAUGUUUGUCCUUAAUUUCUUCGUCUUCACAUUCUCGCUUCCACGUUCACGGCUUCGAGACCUCGGCGGUGUGAGGGUUAUCUUGAGGUCAUAUGCGAUUUCUUUCGAUAGGUUUAUUUUCAAGCUCGUUUUCAUUCUUUUUUGUGCUCCUCAGGUCUUCCUACUUCGUUGUAUUUGGUUCAGUCAGUUUUUUCCUCUUUACUGUACUCUUAUUCUGCUUCUUCCCGCAUCGUGAAUCAUUAUGUAAGUCUUCAGUUUCUUCGUCUUCACAUCCGCCCUUCCACGUCCUUCAAGACCUCGGCGGUGUGAGGGUUAUCUUGAGGUCUUCUGCGUUUUCUUUCUAUAGGUUUAUUUUCAAGUUCGUUUUCCUUCUUUUUCUGUGUGUGUGCUCCUCAGACUUCUCCAGUGUGAGGACAACGAUCAUCUCUUCCUUCUUCGUUUGAUUUGGUUGUCUUUUUUUCCUUUUCUUGUCGUUCGUCUGCUCCCUCUGUGUUUUAAUUUGUUUACGCUCCACCUUGUCUUGUUCCGGCGUUCUUUCCUGUGUGGUUCUUUUGUUCUUCCCUCGGCCUGUCUGAAAUAUUGAGGAUGUUCUUGUUUAUUUAUUUCCACGCUGUCAGUUGUCUUCCUGUUCUUGUUUCUUCUUGUUUCUUUCCUCUUACUGAGUGGUCAAAUACACAUACCAUCCACUCUCUUAUGUUCUACCCUCCACUCUCUCCUCCUUUCCCUUCCUUCCUACCUUCUACUCCUACGAUCUGACCAUUCCCCACUCUUCCAUUCCCUUCUUCAAACGUUCAAGCAUUCCUCUCCUUCCUCCUUCCCUCCCUCGUCCAGCAAACUACUCCCUUCCUCUACUCCCGCACUCCUUCCUACUUUCUCCCCAUCUACCAGUCCCUCCUCCCCUCCUCCUUCUCUACAACCCCGCCGAGGAAGGAGCCACCAACGAGGCCGUGUCAGCCAGCCAGUCACAGUAAGGAGACAACUGUGCCGCUAGCUGGGCCCCGCUGCACGCCUCCUCCUCCUCCUCCUCCUCCUGACCACGCCCCCUCGAGCCACGCCCCCCGCAGACUGGAGACUUCUGCGGCCGGCGAUGCUUCGUUACGUUGCGUCCUAUACUGAAGCUGGUGGUGCCGUCUCUGCUCCCUAUCCUGUACUUGCUCUCCCUCCCUCCCCGUCUCUGUUUCCCUCUCCCUCCCUCUAUCCCCUCCGGCGCCCCAGCUCUUGUAUUGUAUGAUAGUGUUAUAUGUAUUACUACGAUUAUAAGUGUU